CUCCCAAAAUUCACUUCUCAACACUGAACACGUGUCAAACGUACUCCACGAGUUUCCGUUUCAUCAAGUUAGCCGUGGUCUGACUUCCGUCAAAGUUGCCUGGAAAUUAUUCUGAAAACCAGUGUGUCUGUCUGAAAUUCUCACGUUUAUUUUUUUAAACUACCAACUACGCAAUGGGCAAGAAGCAAAAGAUGAAGAAGGCCGCUCAGAUGGCUGCCAAUGGCCAGGUUCCAGCUGAACUGCAAAAGCAGAUUGACGAGAAAGAAAGAGCCACUGCAGCAGCCGCGUGUGCCCUAGCAUGUGCUAGCAAGGAAAAAAUGGAUGGGAUACCGCUGGACCCUGCCUAUCGUAAUAACCUUAAAAAGCUAAUGAAUCUGGCCCAGAAACUUCCAUCCAAUCUGCUGUCUGCCAAAAAGAUGGAGAAACAACCGAGUUCGGAUUCGGGUACUGGAGAUUCCGGUGAGGAAGAUGACCUUUCCGACAGCGAUGACGAAAUACCCGAUCUGGUGGAUGCGGAGACGAAGCGCCAGCUGGGCCUGGGUCUGAACAUGCCGGGCGAAGCUCCCAAGCAGUCGCGAGGCGAGAAGAAGGCCCGCCGCCUGCUCAUGAAGUUGGACCUGAAGCCGAUGGAAAACGUGGCUCGUGUCACCAUGCGCAAGAACAAGAACAUUCUGUUGUACAUCGACCGUCCGGACGUGUAUAAGGUGCCCCACGGCGAUACCAUUAUUUGCUUUGGCGAGGUCCGUGUGGAGGACAUCUCCACUGCCGCCGCUGCCCAGGCGGCUGAGCGCUAUCGCAUGCCGGCCACAGGUGAAGCUGAGGAUUCCAAGGAUGGGCUAAAAGACACUGCCGCCGUAGCCCAUCCAGACGAUGAUGAUGACGAGGAGGUGGAUGAGGAGGCUGCCAAGGUGCUGGACGAGAAGGAUAUCGAACUGGUCGAGAUGCAAGCCGUCUGCACCCGCAAACAGGCCAUUAAAGCUCUUCUCAAGAACGAGAACGAUGUGGUCAAUGCCAUCAUGGCUUUAACCGUGGGCUAGGCGCUUGAAAUCUUUCCAAUUUCGAAACUAAAUUUAGAACAUGCAACUCCAGAAUGUAUCAGUUUCGAAAUCUUAAAAUCAACAUCAGCAACGUUUCUUUUUUUUUCUCAUCAAUAAAGUUCUCAACGAAUUCGUUCAUAAACUUUCUAAAUAAAGUCUGAAUAAACCUUU